UGCAAUUAUUUCUUUGGUUCCUUUUGGCAUUAAUUUAUAUUUUGUAAUAUGUUAAAAUGACAUUUACAGCCACAGAACAAUUUGGCCACUAAUGAAUAAAAAUCUUACGUACUACAUUCUUAUCUCUUGUGCAAUUAUUUCCCCAACUGGAUAAGCCUUUUUCUUCUGACUCAGAUCACAGGAUCCGACCCGACUUUAUCCUACUUAACCCGACCCGACUCUUAAUCCUACUUGCCCUACUAUAUCCGUUUUAGUAAUUAAUAAACUAAUCAAAAUCUUAAUUAACCAAUUAAUGACUAAUCGCCUCUUCGCCUAUAAAUUAUAUCCCUCCAUAGCUUUCUUCUUCAAUUAUUCCCUCUCCUCGAACAAAAACAAACUCAGAGAAACUCAAAACUCGAAAACGACAACGUUUCAUAUAGCAACGAUGCUUUCUUCAUCUCCAACUUCCUUUGCUCAUCCAUUUCUCUCUUCAUCUCCGCCUCUCUCUCCGAUAUCUCCGCCGUCUCGCAUGGCUCGGAUUCCGCCACCUCUCGUCUCCGCCUCUUGCUCUUACACUUGCGCGGAGGAUUCGCCGAGAUUGCAUCAGAUCCCGCGGCGGUUGACGACGGCGCCAGCUUCGCUUUACGAGAUCCUUGAGGUUCCUUUAGGAGCGACGAGCCAAGAUAUCAAAUCGGCUUACCGGAGAUUAGCCAGGAUCUGCCAUCCAGACGUGGCGGGAACUGAUCGGACUUCUUCAUCGGCGGAUGAAUUCAUGAAGAUCCACGCCGCUUACUGUACGCUUUCGGAUCCUGAGAAACGCUCUGUUUAUGAUCGGAGGAUGUUGCGACGGAGCCGUCCUUUGACCGUCGGUACCUCCGGGUUGGGCAGUUACGUCGGACGGAACUGGGAAACCGAUCAGUGCUGGUAGUGAGUUGACUCGGUGAACGAGUUAGACCGAGUUAAUUAGUGUAAAUACGAAGCCGUAAAAGCUGGGCUUGACGUUGUAAUUAUUAAUAGUAUAGUAAGCUAACGUGGACGGAAACUAGUGUGCUAACAUACGCCAUGUUCUUACCAUACGCCCUCACUCCCCACGAGCGAUCGGUGCCGUUUGUUUCGUGUUUACGUAGGAUCUACUCGUUUUUUACCUUGUGAAUCCUAUUGUUAAUUAAUUAUUAAUGAGGAAAUAUAUAUUUGCUUUGAUUAG